AUGAAAGAAAGCAAGAAGGGUUACAUCAUAUGGAACUGGGCACCACAGAUUCUGAUAUUGGACCACCCUGCCAUAGGAGGAAUUAUGACUCACUGUGGUUGGAAUUCCAUUCUUGAAAGUGUGAGUGCUGGAUUGUCAAUGAUCACAUGGCCUAUGUUUGCUGAGCAAUCCUACAAUGAGAAGUUGGUAGUUGAUGUGUUGAAGAUUGGAGUCCCAGUGGGAGUGAAAGAAAUGAAGUUUUGGAUGAGCCUGGGUGAUGAGGCAAUGGUGAGAAGGGAAGAGAUUGUGAAGGCUGUGGUGCUUUUGAUGGGAAGUAGCCAAGAGAGCAAAGAAAUGAGGAAGAGAGCAAGAAAACUUGGUGAUGCUUCCAAGAAGACUGUAGAGGAGGGUGGAGCCUCUUACAACAACUUGAUUCAGUUGAUACAGGAGCUUAAGUCAUUGAAGAUAUCUAAAGCACUUGGCAAAAGUAGAGUAUGUAAUUGA